CUUGCAAACGGGGCCUGGGAUACGGUCUCUCUCUUCUUCCUCCACUUCUUCUGCGAUAACGUGCCGCUUAGCUAGCGGCCCGGCAUCAUCUUCGUUUCUUUUUGGCUUCUUGGCCUGAACCGCAAGGUCUCCACGCCGCCUCCUCUUGGUUGCCGCCAUCUUGCCUCACCACCUUCGCGCGUGGUCUUUUUUCCGGCUGUGCCGCUCGUUCCUCCUUCCGAUCUCUAUGGCGCGGCUCUAUGCACUCGCUCUCUGGUCCUCCUCCAGCUCUAUGGUGCCUCCUUCCGGUCUCAUGGUGCUGCUUGUGCGGUUCUCCCAGCUUCCUCCAGCUCUGUGGUGACGGUGGCAGAGGAGGAGGGCUGAUCUGAAAAGAGUGGCGGGAGCCGCUCACUUCCCCCGCGGUUUCCCUGUAACUGCAGGUCACCUCCCCAGGGACUGGGCUGGGAAAGACUCUCCGGCGUCCGGACCCCACCGCAAAGGUGUUUCGUGAUCCGUGGGAGCAGGUGUUGGGCCCGGGAGCACCCCUCAGGACCGAAUGUGCAGUGGACGAUGCCCCUCCUAACCCAGCGUAUCCAAGAUGAGAAUGAUCAGUACAGCUUAGUGGCCAGCCUGGACAACGUUAGGAAUCUCUCCACUAUCUUGAAAGCUAUUCAUUUCCGAGAACACGCCACGUGUUUCGCUACUAAAAAUGGAAUCAAAGUUACCGUGGAAAAUGCAAAGUGUGUGCAAGCAAAUGCUUUUAUUCAGGCUGGAAUAUUUCAAGAGUUUACAGUUCAGGAAGAGUCUGUUACUUUUCGAAUUAAUUUAACUGUCCUUUUAGACUGUUUAUCUAUUUUUGGAUCAAACCCUAUGCCAGGGACUUUAACUGCACUUCGGAUGUGUUACCAAGGUUAUGGUUACCCUUUGAUGCUAUUCCUGGAGGAAGGAGGAGUGGUGACGGUCUGCAAAAUCAAUACUCAGGAGCCUGAGGAGACUCUGGACUUUGAUUUCUGCAGCACCAAUGUUAUUAAUAAAAUUAUUCUACAGUCAGAGGGGCUCCGUGAAGCAUUUUCCGAAUUGGAUAUGACAAGUGAGGUCCUACAAAUUACCAUGUCUCCCGACAAGCCUUAUUUCAGGUUAUCUACUUUUGGAAAUGCAGGAAGUUCCCAUCUUGACUAUCCUAAAGAUUCUGAUUUGAUGGAAGCAUUUCAUUGUAAUCAGACCCAGGUCAACAGAUACAAGAUUUCUCUACUAAAACCAUCUACAAAGGCAUUAGUUCUAUCUUGUAAGGUAUCUAUUCGGACAGAUAACCGAGGAUUCCUUUCAUUGCAGUAUAUGAUUAGAAAUGAAGAUGGACAAAUAUGUUUUGUGGAAUAUUACUGCUGCCCUGAUGAAGAAAUUCCUGAAUCUGCGUCUUGAGUAUGAUAAUUCACUGUGAUAUUUUAUGUAUACAUUCAUGAUAGGUUAAGUUCUCAUUCUGAGUUUAGUACUUUUUAUAAUUUAUUAGAUUUUCUAUAGAGAAGCAUGAAGAAGAUAGGAGCAAGGUCCCUGUACCCUAGUAGUUGCAAUGUAUUUUGUAAAAUGUUUUCAUGUUGUCAUAGAUUA